AUGGAAGAGGUCACAUCGAUGGUGGCUGACCUGACGCGACAGUGCAAGGAGCUGGAGCAACACAACGCGCUGCUCGAGGUCGAACUGGCGCGCAAGCAGGCGUUCUGGCAGGAGCUUGGCCUGAUCAUGGCCGAAGACCAGGAGGAGCACGAGCGCGCGAUCAGGGCCACCCGCCGCAAGCUGCGGCGGCUCAAGCGCCGCCUGGCCGAGCGGCAGCGGUUCGCCGACGCCCAGCGCGAAGCGGCCCAAGGCCGGGUGGUCCUCGACGUCGGCGGCACCCGGUUCACCACCACCCUCUCCACCCUGGGCGAUUCCGUGCUCGCCGCCCUCUUCUACGGCCGGCAGGACCUCGACGAAACCGUGGAUGACGACGGCGCAGUGUUCAUCGACCGAGACCCGCAGGCCUUCGCCCACAUCCUUCAGUGGCUGCGCACCGGGGUCGUGCCGCUGGUGCACGACGCGGCCCAGAGGAAGACCUUGAUAUUGGAGGCGGUGCACUACGGACUGGACCAGCUUACGAGCGAGCUGGAGCUGCAGGCGAAGCAUGAAGAAGAAGUAGAUAAUGAGAAGCAAAAACAACAGAAGAAGAAGAGGCGAGGAAAGAGUAGGAGGAAGGUGGGGUGGGUCAAGGUGACGAACGCGCAGUUUCUGGACCUCGUCAACCGACCGCCUCACGGCGGGCUCAAGUUCAACGGGUGCGACCUGCGCGGCUUCGACUUCCACGCGAUGCACCUGCGACGCGCCAACUUCCACCGGUGCGACCUGACCGGCGUCGACCUCCGCCACGCCAAGCUGAACGGCGCCUGCCUGGUCGAGUGUUGCCUGCGCGACGCCAAUCUCUCUGGAGCGGUGCUGUCUGGCGUAGACCUCACGGACGCAGAUUGCCGACGUGCAGACCUGACGAACGCCGACCUCAGGGGUGCCGUGCUUUCCGGCGCGGACCUGUCCGAGGCCAAGCUGGACCGCGCAGUGCUCGAUGACGCUCGCUCGGCGGAGCUGGUCCCGGCCAAAGCGAAGGACAUCGAGCCGAUCGCCACCGGUGGCCUCGUCCUGGGCUUCAACAAACUCGACCUGUGCCCUCUGCUCAACGUUGGCGAGUGUGCGCCCGCCACGUCGAGAACGACCACCACAGUCUGGCGAGUCUGA